GCCCACCGCGGUCACGUGACGCACCCCCGCCCGACACGUGACUCGCCUGACCCGGAAGUGGCGCGCGGGGGACGCUGACGCUGGAACAAAGAUGGCGGCCCGCGGCGCCGGGGCCGUGCUGGGGCUGCUGCUGCUGCUGCUCCGCGCGGGCCCGGCCAGCGCCCGCGUCCAUCACCUCACCCUCAAAGAUGAUGUGAGGCAGAAAGUGCACCUGAACACCUUUGGCUUCUUCAAGGAUGGUUUCAUGAGAGUUCACGUCAGCAACCUUUCCCUGAAGCCAGCAGUGAGCUCUGAAGACAUGGACAGUUUAUCAGUGGGAUUCAGUUUGGUUCGAACAAGGAAUGAUGGUUUCUCCACUUACCUGGAUGAAGAAGUGGAUUAUUGUAUCCUGAAGAAGACUCCAGAGCCAGAUGUCUCUGUCGUGAUCUUGCUUCUGGAGAUCCAAACUCAAGUUGUGAAAGUACGGUUCCCUUCAGAAGCUGCUUCUUUGUUACCCAAAAUAUUAUUUGUAUCUGAGGAAAAUGGUACUGCCUUAAAUGCCAAGCAGCUAAAAAAUUCUGAACCUAACAAUGAUUCUGGUAGAAAUCCUCCAAAGACCAACGAAAAUAAAGACGGCGAAGGUAAGAAGUCCAAACGAAGUACAACAUCCUCCCAGAGCAUGAUAGAACAAGAACAUCCUGUUCACAAUGACAGAGGAACUUUUUCAUUUCAGUUCUUUUUCAACAUCAGCUCGGAUAAACAAGAAGGUCUCUACAGCCUGUAUUUCCAUAAGUGUGUUGGCAAGAAAGGGCCAGCUAACGAUCAGCUGCUGUUUAGUCUUGAUAUAGAUAUUACGGAAAAGAAUCCUGAAAGCUACCUCUCAGCAGGUGAAAUCCCACUGCCAAAACUUUACAUUUCCAUGGCUCUCUUCUUUUUCCUGUCUGGGACUGUUUGGAUCCACAUCCUUCGUAAACGCAGAAAUGAUGUGUUUAAGAUCCACUGGCUCAUGGCAGCCCUUCCUUUCACCAAAUCAUUGUCCUUAGUCUUCCACGCGAUCGACUAUCACUACAUCUCUUCUCAGGGAUUCCCCAUUGAGGGCUGGGCUGUUGUUUAUUACAUCACUCACCUACUGAAGGGAGCUCUUCUGUUCAUCACUAUCGCCCUCAUUGGCACAGGCUGGGCUUUCAUUAAACACAUCCUGUCAGACAAAGACAAAAAAAUUUUCAUGAUUGUCAUCCCACUUCAGGUACUGGCAAACGUGGCCUACAUUAUCAUAGAGUCAACAGAGGAGGGCACAACUGAGUAUGGACUCUGGAAAGAAAUCCUUUUCCUGGUGGACUUGCUGUGCUGUGGAGCCAUCCUGUUUCCAGUGGUAUGGUCAAUAAGACAUUUGCAAGAGGCUUCAGAAACAGAUGGGAAAGCUGCCAUUAACCUAGCAAAGCUGAAGCUCUUCAGACAUUACUAUGUCAUGAUUGUGUGUUACAUUUACUUCACACGGAUCAUUGCAAUUCUCAUAAAGAUUGCUGUUCCAUUCCAGUGGAAAUGGCUGUACCAGCUGCUGGAUGAAAUGGCCACGCUCGUGUUCUUUGUCCUCACUGGGUACAAAUUCCGUCCAGCAUCAGACAACCCUUACCUACAGCUCUCUCAAGAUGAUGAGGAUGACUUGGAGAUGGAAGCUGUGGUGACGACUUCAGGAGUAAUGGAGGGCAUGAAGAAAGUCAAGAAAGUGGUGAAUGGUUCAGCAGAGCCCCAGGGCGAAUGGGAAAGCACGGCAUGAUGGACUGGACUAAGGCAGCACUUUCACAGAAACUUUUUUAAUUUAUUAAUAUUACUCUCAGUGGAAAGGGAGCAACUUGCACUCCCCCACCACUGAAACUGCAGAGUGGGGUGUGUCUAGGGAGAGCAAAGCAGUGCAGAAAUAUAACUACUCCUUUGAUCAUAAGAAAAUGGGAUCUCCUGGUACCUGCAAGGAGCGUGAAGCUUUCCUAGGGAUUUUGGGUAGCUUUUUUUUCCCCCUUUUCUGGAUCGGUUCUUUAUUCUGAAUUGUUGCGUUCCUCAGAAUGUGUAAUGCUAAUGUGAAGAAGGAUCUUCAGUGUGUAUGUAAAGAAUAUAUUUUAUAUAAUGCUCAUAUACACACACACACACACACUUGCUAUGUAACAUGAAUGCUGGGACUUGCAAAGCCUGUCAGAAGGUGGGAAAAGAAGAUAAAGACAUGUAAGUAUUUUUUUUUUCUUUUUAUAAACACUCCUUUUUGCUUGGACGAAACAUUGCAAAACAAAUGGAUAGAAACAACUGCAGUUAUUUGAGAGACUGAACGGGCAUUGGAUCAGAUGACUCCUGCCACUGCUCAUGCAAGUGUGAAAGGUGAUAAGUAUCUUCUUGUCUUAUCCCUGCAGGUGUCCACCUGAAUGUGUCAGGUUUUCAGAUGUGUUGCUAUACAGGAAAUGAGUGACUGUUCUCCAUUAAAGCACUAAGCCAUAGUGCAAUAAGCAUUUAUGUACAUUCUCAGCUGUCCAUGGAGUUGCUCUUGACUCACCCCAACCUGACAAGAAGUACACAAGAGGUGUAAGACUGAUGCUUGCUUUUUAGGGGUCUGCCAAAAUGUUUACUUUCAAGCUGUGACCCAGAGCACUUUGGUUUGCUUCAUAAAAUAUUUUCAAGGUAUUUGAAAAGUCACUCCUUUCUGGCACAGUAUAAACAGUACCAGACACUCCAGUGGAAAUCUGUCCAGCCAUUUUACUGCAGCAUAAAUCUCUGGUUCACAGUUACCCUGAGUUACUGGGCCUCUCUGGAUGGCUCCUUGUACCUCUCUGGCUGUGUAGAAUUAAUGAUACUGCUGUUUGAGAUGAGCUGAACUGGUCAAAGUGGUAUUGCCACUAAAAAUAGGCAAUUGUAACUCCAAGUCCUAAAUGUUUGAGGUUUGUUGUUUUUGUUUUUGUUUUGUUUUUUUUGUCAGGAGAUGAGAAUAUUAUGUCCAGAACCUUGAUGCAGGGGAAUAUGGAAUCCUUGACUGUUAGCUGCAGACUUGCAGUGGAGUCUUUACAGACGUGUUCCAAAGUGCCAUGUGUGUUUUCUCUGUAGUCCCUGGUUUGUCAGCAGGGCAGUUGAUGUCCAGAGCUGUAGUGGUGAAAAUGGAUGUUCAUUUGGGGGAGGAUGGAAGUGGCUCACUGGUGGAAUGAAGAUUAGCUGUAUCAAAAAUAAAUCAACUAUGAGUAACUGA